CCUUUCUUGAAACUAGCAACUACUCCGUAGUAUACAUCAGCUCUUUCUUAUUGUCUCUUUAAACAUUUCCAGAGAUUCUGCCUCUUCCUCGUCUUCCUCCCAUCUUUUCCUUCAAGACUUUUUCUUGAAGCCCCUUUCUCACUUCCACUCAAAAAGUUGUAAACUUUGGAGAGUUUUGUAGCUGAAGAACCUAACUGUUCAAGCUAAAGUUGGAGAGAGAGAGAGAGAGAGAGAGAGAGAGAGAGAGGAUGAGUGCUUCAAGGUUCAUAAAAUGUGUUACAGUCGGAGAUGGAGCUGUUGGGAAGACCUGUAUGCUUAUUUGUUACACUAGUAACAAGUUCCCCACUGACUAUAUACCAACAGUUUUUGACAAUUUCAGUGCUAAUGUGGCUGUGGAUGGAAGCAUUGUCAACUUGGGAUUAUGGGACACUGCAGGUCAGGAGGACUAUAGCAGGUUGAGGCCACUGAGUUACAGAGGUGCAGAUAUAUUUGUGUUAGCUUUCUCUUUGAUCAGCAGGGCUAGCUAUGAGAAUGUCCUAAAGAAGUGGAUGCCAGAACUUCGACGAUUUGCACCAAAUGUUCCAAUUGUUCUUGUUGGAACAAAAUUAGAUCUUCGUGACAACAGAGGGUAUCUAGCUGAUCAUAUGGCAUCCAAUAUCAUAACACCUGCACAAGGGGAGGAGCUGAGGAAACAAAUCGGUGCAGCAGCUUUUAUAGAAUGCAGCUCUAAGACUCAACAGAAUGUCAAAGCCGUUUUUGAUACUGCGAUCAAGGUUGUGCUUCAACCUCCAAGAAGGAAGGAAGUGGCAAGGAAGAGAAGGCAAAGAAGAUCUGGCUGCUCGGUUGUCAGAGGCAUGGUGUGUGGAGGUUGUGUUGCGUAGGGCUGUCUGAUGUUGUCGCCUGCCAUAAUGGAUGUAGUUUUGCUGUCCAAAUGUGCUGAAUGUUUGACAAAGCUUGGUUCACCUAGCCAUAUGCGAGUAUGUGUGUAUCUAACAUAUUGCAACGUUGUUUGAUGAUUAGCAAUUUAGCAGAAAUGGUGAUUUUAUGCUUAAAAGUGCCCUGUGAAUCGUGUUAUGACUAGUGCUUAUGGAAGUAACACCUGCUUAGUGUUCUUAAUAUCCGAUCCACUCUAAGUUCGCAGAAACAACCAAACUCUAUUCAUUAUAUAAGCUAUUUUGUGGAUUGCCGUUUUCCAGAUUUUAUAUGCAACAGUUCUAGCCUUUGAAGUUUCAGGACAUCCUCACUCUCCAGAUU